GGCUGCUGCCUCAGCGGGACGCAGGCUGAUGACGUUUCGGCGAGCGACUCCAGGAAGAGAGUGAAGCAGGUGGAAGAGAAAGAAAGCUUUGGAUCACACAGAUCAGCGGUGACCUGGAGGAGCAGUAAGGACCCAGGAGGAUGUCCCACAUCGGAGCUCUAGCUGCCAUUACAGUGGCAUUCACUGCUGCUGCCCUGCUUUCAUCCAUACACAAGAUAGAGGAAGGACACAUUGGGGUCUAUUAUAGGGGUGGAGCACUACUCACGUCGACGAGUGGACCCGGAUUCCAUUUAAUGUUCCCAUUUAUAACCUCCUUCAAGUCUGUACAGAGCACGUUACAGACAGACGAGGUGAAGAACGUCCCGUGCGGCACGAGUGGUGGAGUCAUGAUAUAUUUUGAUCGGAUAGAAGUGGUCAAUUAUCUCAUAUCUAGUGCAGUUUAUGAUAUAGUGAAGAACUUUACUGCAGAUUAUGAUAAAGCUUUAAUCUUCAACAAGAUCCACCAUGAGCUCAACCAGUUCUGCAGCGUCCACAACCUGCAGGAGGUCUAUAUAGAACUCUUUGAUCAGAUAGAUGAGAACCUCAAGCUGGCGUUGCAGCAAGACCUCAAUGAAAUGGCUCCAGGAUUAAUUAUCCAGGCUGUCCGAGUCACAAAGCCAAAUAUUCCAGAAUCCAUCCGCAGAAACUAUGAGCUCAUGGAGAGUGAGAAAACCAAGCUCCUCAUUGCUGCACAGAAACAGAAGGUGGUGGAGAAGGAAGCAGAAACGGAGAGGAAAAAGGCAGUAAUCGAGGCAGAGAAAUUGGCCCAAGUUGCCGAGAUUAAAUAUGGACAGAAGGUUAUGGAGAAAGAAACUGAGAAGAGGAUUUCUGAGAUUGAAGAUUCUGCUUACCUAGCUCGAGAGAAGGCGAGGGCCGAUGCGGAAUUUUACACAGCACAGAGAUUAGCGGACUCCAAUAAGCUUAAAUUAACCCCUGAAUACCUACAACUUAUCAAAUACCAAGCCAUCGCUGCCAACAGUAAGAUCUAUUUUGGAAACGACAUCCCAAACAUGUUUAUGGAGACCAGCACUACAAGCACCAAUGCCCAUUCAGGUGACCUACCUCCGGAGGACCCCUUUAAGCUCAAAAACUCCAUUUUAUUUGAUGAACCCCAAUCGUGAGGACAUAAAGAAAAAUAUAUUUGUUUUUACGAUUAAAAAAGGAAAAAAUAUAUAAAAAUUGCGACACUAAAUCAGCAUUUUUCUAUAGAUCUGCAGCCUCUAAAAUGAGCAUUGACGCGCCCUAGAUGAGGUUGUCUUUUCAGGUUGUUUUUUUUUUUUAUGAUUAUUAUUAUUAUUUUUUAACAAAAUGAAUGUUUGUGAGUAUUGUGUUGGAUGCUCAGGGUGCUCGGUGAGAUUUUUCCACUGAUGCGAUAUUACUAUAGCACACUGUCCCUGACAGCACAUCAGUGUGUGACAAAGGACCAAUAUAUAUAUUUCAUUUUUAUUUCCGAGUCUGCUACAGAGAACAUACAGUGAAAAAAUACAAUCUGUCGUAUUACUUAUGGGACCAAAUCAGCCAGCUGCCCUGAAAACCUAGGUAGGGGAUGAUGUAGCAUAGCUUCCAAGGUUCCGUCACAGGCACAUUAUAGCUCACGCCUGCCCCAAGUUGUGUAGGCUUCAGCCACACAGUGGAACUAGACUGCUUCCACGGUAGAUUGCUAUAAAACAGGAUUUUAGGCUAUGGACACCUUUUGGAUCAUCUUUUAUCAUAUUGCAGAUAUUAUGGGCUAAAAACUAUUUUGUAAUUAAUUUUGCAUCGUUUGGCUUCUGCAGCCUGCAUGUAUUACAACACAUAACAAGCUGCUGGAUGGCAGUUACUGUCAAUUCCAUCAGCUCUCUGACAGCUCAAUCUUCAGCCCCUCAUGUGUCGUUGAUCAUAAUUUGGCUUAAAUUAGGGUCUGGAGAUUGAGCCAUCAGAGAGCCCGUGUGACGGAAUUGACCCUGAGUGGCAUUCAUCAGUUGGCUAUGUAUUGGAAUACAUGCAGGCUGCAGAAGCCAAGCGGCACAACAUUUUAAAUCCAACAGCAAUUUGUUUUGCCUAUUAUACCUGCAAUUCAAUGUAAAAAUUAGCCAGCGGUGUUGCUAGCAUUUAGAUUAUUAAUCUUAGAGUAUGUUCAGAUGUUGUUCUUUCAGUGUUUUCCAAAACCCUAUUCACACAUGGAAGAUUUUUUCCUUGGUGGCUUUUUAUUUUUCUUCUAUUUUGGCAGAAUGGCAAUGAUGUUGUCCUAUAGUUUUGGAGGGAGGAAGAAAGGGCAGGCAAACACUGUAGUGAAAAGCGUCAUGUGUAAGAGAGCAAUAGCACUACAAGUGGAGAGCUACAGUCACAUCCAUGUGUCAGGUCCAAUAGGCAGACAUCGCUUCACAUUUCUCUGCAGAACACCAACUUUUUGGAGAAUGUUUUCUCAGUGAGGGGUAAUUCUAGGAGUUUAUUCACACGUCGUGGUUUUUGCUGUGAUUUACUGCAAACUGUUUUAGAAAAUCGCAGCACAAACUGCAACCUGUGUGAGUAAACCACGAGGCCAUACCCACACGGCUCUGCACCCCCUCCAGGUAUGGCACCUAUAGACUUCUAGACUGGAUGCCACAGGGAUCAGCAACCUCCAGCGCUCUUCUGACACUACAACUCUCAGAAUCCUCCUUUCACUUCUAUGGGCGUUACAAGAACAGCCAAGUAAGUGUAUAUGCUGGGAGUUGUAGUUUAACAGCAGCUAGAUUGCAGAAGGUUGCUGAUCUCGGAUUCCAUUAUAUCGAAUACUAUUAGUUUUUGUAAAAGCAGUAUACCGUCAUAUAGCAGCCAGAUGGAGGCCAAAAGGACACUGACUAAUGGACCUCUAUGGAUGGGCGCUGUACGUUUCUUUAAAUGGAUCAGUAUUCUAGCCGAUCGCCAUGUGAUAAAUGAACCGUGUAUUAUCCACUACUCCAUGUAUUGGGCAUAAUGCUGCUCCUAUCCAAUCUCCGUUCACAUCUAGAUGGCGCUUUUAAUGUCUGUGCCCCAUAGGGGGGGGGGGGACGUGUAUAGAAUUAGAGCUAAUGUACAAAACCACACAUCGGUUUUAGGUAAUGUAAUAAUUUAUUAGUGUUUUACUCAACCAGAGGAUUGUAUAGAAGAAACUUGAGAAACGAUAUACUGUUAUAAAUCUACUGCCGUCUGCCGCAUCUGAAUUUAUUUUUAUUUUUUAAGACCCAGACUAAUAAAAUCUUGCUUUUCUGUACCAGGACAGACUGUGGCGACACUGCCUUCGUUGGAGUAGUGAUUGAUGUACUGUAUAAUAUAUACAGGAUAUAUACAUAUAUAAUUUAGACCUCAUAGCACACUGACCCAUUCAUUUCUAUGGGGCCGUGCACACGUCUGUAAUUUUUUUCUGCAGGUCCACAGUACAUUGCGGCCAAGAGCAAUCAUUUCUCUUGAUGGGAGUGAGAAAAAUGCAGAUUGCACAUGGAAGAUCCGAGGUUUUUGGACUGAUACCCAGACAUGGUUGUGUGCAUGAGGCCUUACAGCGAUGAUUACGCAUUGAGGGAGAUUUAUUAAAACUAGUGCAAGAAAACCAGACGCAGAAACCAAAAGAAACUCAUUUUCGAGAAGUGAAUGAAAUCCGCCGCCUUUUACAGUUUGUCAUCUCUAGGAUAUGCAUCACAUUAGGAUCCAUGGCGGUCUGACCUCUAGGACACCUACCGUUCCUGAGAAAAUAAGGGGAUGCUGUGCCCCUGGCACGUGGUAUGCGGAGGACUGCAGCGAUGCCCCAUUCUGGUGACUAGGGCUGGUUGCAGGAGUGCCAUUGGGCAGGAAAAACUUAGAAAGGGAUGAAGUGUUACACCAGCCCUCAGGAUCAGAUAUCACUAUAGACAAUGGGAUCCGGCGGUGAACUGCAGUAUCUGGCUAGGAUCUGAUAACACAACUGUGAACCUACCCUCACUUCCAGUUUCUGCAAUAAAUGAUAGUAAGGCCUCAUGCAUACGACUUUUUCAGUUUUCGCUCCGCAAACCAUGGACACCGGCGGUGGGGGUUCUGCAUUUUGCAGAACGGAUCGUCCAGCCCUCAAUAGAGAAGUCCUAUCCUUGUCUGUGAUAUAGACAAGAAUAGGACAUGUUCGAUUUUUUUUUAUUUAUUUUUUUUAUUUCGGGCCCUCGGAACAGAUGUGCAGAUGGAAACAGCAUCCGUAUCAUUGAAGUGGAUGGGUCCACAUUCAACCUGUAUGGAAUGCACCAAAAUUUGCAACGUUUUUACACCACAAUACUGACCUAAAACCUCAAAUAAAUGUCUUUUUCCUCCAGUUUUCAGUAUGCCUCCAUGGCGUCACUUCCACAUUUCCAUUGUAUCUGCUCUCUGUUUGGAAGGUCCUGCGGCUGGAGCUUGUCCUUCUCUACAGUAGUAUUUUUAUACCUGCAUGUUCAGGUGUCUUAUAUGGGUGCAGUUCAAGACGGGGGAACCUCUGCAGCCUCUCCUUCUCAUCCAGAGUAAAUACACUGACAUAUGUGACUUGAGAGACGCCAUUAAAUGUAACCAUACGGACUGUGCCGAGACCUUGAUGUCAAAUCAAUAAAGUACAGAGAUGUCA